AAGAAAAUUACGACAAUGUUAUUUGUUAAAAUUACUACGUUAAUUCUUUUAAGUUGGAUAUGUCAUAUUUAUAUUUAUAUGGUGCGACAAUAUUAUUUAAUCAUUUUUUUUAUUCAUAUUUUUUGUGUUUUACUUUUAUUAAUACAUUAUUUUAGUGUAAAAGUAUUCAUUAAAUUAUAUAAUAAAUAUUUUUUUUACUUUUUCAGAAUACUUAUAAUAAAACGUAAUUAUCGUAAAAAAUUAUAUGCAAGAAAUUAUCGUUUACUAGAAAAAUAUAAUCAGGAUAAGGAUCCCAGUAUUGUAUGUUUAAAUGGAAUACACAACAAAAAAGAUAUAUAUAUUAAUCAAAAAUAUACCUUAGGAAAAAAAAAUCAAUCAUAUAGAAGUUCAUUAAGUAAUAAAAAAGGCUAUAAAAACGAUGUGAAAAAUAAAACCUGUAUAUUUGAAACAAAAAAAUAUUCCAAUUUAGAAAAAAAAAUAUUCAAAGAACUUGAUUAUGAAGACUUUCUUAAAAAAAAUAGGACAAUUAGUGAUAGGAUAUACAAAAAAAUAAUACGUAAGAAAUGCGGAUUACGAUUUGCUUUACCUUUAUUAAUAUUAUUGGUUUUUGCAAUAUCAUUCAUAUUAGAUAAUUUUUGUAGAUGUGGGCUUACAUUUGGUUUGAAAAAAAUAAUUGUUCUUAUUUCACCCGUUUCAGAUAGUGCUUCUCCUGCCUUAAAAUCUUUUUAUAACUUGUUAACCAAAUCUCGUUUUAGUUGGUUCACAAAUUCUGUUGUAUUACAAAAUGGUAAGAGGCCAAACUACUGUGUAACAGGAUUUUUGGGCUUUCUUAUAUACUUUGUGCCCAUCUUCCUAUUAAGUGUAAUACUUAUAGCAGGAGUUGUAUAUUAUCAUAAAAAAGUAAAAAAAUAUGAAAAAAUUAGGCAUAGGAAAAGAUAA